AAGGUUUGAUGCAAGCAGCAAAUACAUACAAAUUGGGUUUCCCUCCCUGUCUCCAGAGCAACGUACUGAAACCCUGUGCUCUGUUUGCUGUGACAUAAUCUCCAACUGGAUCCCUUGGCUGCUCACAGCUUUCCCAGGGAAACAGGAUGCUUGUCCCGCCCCCUCCCAUUCUGCUGGUUAGCACCAGUGUCUAGUGCUGGGUUUCCCAUGCAGUCACACACAGGGAGAGUCAGGAGCAGGUAUAACCCUGUCAUUGUCUGGCACUACAUGCUGACUGGAUCCCGAGGGGCCACGGGCACUGGGAAGGGUACGCUGUUUGACACUAUUAUCGGGGCCUCUCGCACGUGCGGUGAAUGAGGUUAAUGUUACUGUGCUGCUCCUGGAGUGAGGAACACAUGGGAGAGGAGGAGGGCAAUGGACUGCCGUUGUGUGCCAGUUGUGGACAGAGUAUUUAUGAUGGGUGUUAUUUGCAGGCAUUGGCAUUGGACUGGCACUCUGAUUGCUUCAGAUGCAGUGACUGCGGUGUGUCCUUGUCCCACCGAUAUUAUGAGAAGGAUGGGAGGUUGUUCUGCAACAAGCACUACUGGGCACGUUUUGGUGGGAUGUGCCAAGGCUGUUCUGAAAGUAUCACCAAAGGCCUAGUCAUGGUAGCAGGGGAGCACAAGUACCACCCAGAAUGCUUCAUGUGUUCCCGCUGUAAAGCUUACAUCGGUGAUGGAGAAACAUAUGCUCUGGUGGAGAGAUCCAAGCUCUUUUGUGGGCCUUGUUACUAUCAGUUCUCUGUAACGCCAGUGAUUGACUCCCCGGUUUCUCGAUCACCUCACAUUGUCACACUAGUGUCUCUCCCAGCCUCAGAUGGAAAACGCGGCCUCUCUGUUUCUAUCACACCAUCGUGUGCAGAGCACUCUCACAUUGUGCGAGUCAGUGAGCUUCAUGCAAACUGUUUGAGUCCUGACAUCCAAAGCUCAAUCCAUAUUGGAGAUCGAAUCCUUGAGAUUAAUGGUACCCCGAUUCGUAGUGUUCCCUUGGAUAAGAUUGAUGUUCUGAUACAAGAGACAAGCCGCCUCCUGCAGCUGACUAUUGAGCAUGACCCUCAUGAGACCCCGACCAUGCCGAGCCAUUGCGCAGAGAUUACAGUCAGGCGACAAAGGCCAGUAAUACGCAGCUGUAGUAUAGACCAUUCACCUGGAUCCAGCUGCGUGGGAUCGCCGUCCUGUUCUCACAGAAACAUGAGCCGCUCUGAGUCGGUCCGUACGGUCACUGGCGUCGACCGUAUCUUCCGACCAUCAGAUCUUAUCCCAGGAGAGGUGCUGGGCAGGGGAUGCUUUGGCCAAGCUAUAAAGGUUACUCACCGGCUGACUGGGGAAGUGAUGGUAAUGAAGGAAUUAAUUAGGUUUGAUGAAGAAACACAAAGAACCUUCUUAAAAGAGGUGAAGGUGAUGCGCUGCUUGGAGCACCCCAAUGUGCUGAAGUUUAUUGGAGUGCUCUACAAGGACAAAAGACUAAACUUUAUCACUGAAUACAUCCCAGGUGGGACCCUGCGCAGAGUUAUAAAGGGCAUGGAUGCUCAUUUCCCAUGGAACAAGAGGGUAAUUUUUGCCAGAGACAUUGCAGCCGGAAUGACAUAUCUUCAUUCUAUGAAUAUUAUCCACCGGGACUUGAACUCGCAUAACUGUCUUGUGCGUGAGGAUGGGAGUCUGGUGGUAGCAGAUUUUGGCCUGGCACGUUUGACAGAUGAGACUCGUGAUCUACGGAAAGACCGAAGGAAGCGUUAUACAGUGGUGGGGAAUCCCUACUGGAUGGCACCGGAGAUGAUAAAUGGAAGAAGCUAUGAUGAAUCUGUGGAUGUUUUCUCCUUUGGGAUUGUAAUUUGUGAGAUAAUUGGACGUGUAAAUGCUGACCCUGAUUACCUCCCUCGCACCAUGGAUUUUGGGCUCAAUGUCCGUGUAUUCUUGGAUAGAUUUUGCCCCCCAAAUUGCCCACCAGGAUUUUUCCCCAGUGCUGUGUUGUGCUGUGACCUGGAUCCUGAAAAGAGGCCAAGGUUCUCCCAGUUGCAGCUUUGGUUGGAUUCCCUACUUAGGCACUUAAACCUUCAGCUUCCCCUCAGUUCACAUCUUGAACAACUGGAACGGGAUUUCUGGGAAAACUACAGGAGGGGUGAAAGCACACUUCACGUGCACCCUGAAAUCCCUGAAUAAGCCCACCCAUGGAGCACGGUUUCAUAAUAAACACCCCCAGACUGUGUAUAGGGGAUCUCAUAUUGCUUAUCUUGCACGGAGUGGGGAUAUGCCCCCCCAUGUUCUAACAAAGAGGAUCUGUUGCAUCAGAGCUGGAAUAUGUUAGACUUCUCAGAAGCAUCAAGGGCUUUCCAAAGAUUCUAGAACCCUUCUAGUUCCUCAGGGUGCCUAUUUAGUUGAGUUGGUUUGUGAUGGUUCUUUCUGGCAAGCUAUCUUAGUUAAACCAGGGUUGAUUAGUAAGGCACUUAGUCUUCAGAGUACCAGAAACAAAAUCCAUUGUUCGUAAAGGCGUCAUUACAUCACUUCCCUCCUUGCAUGGCGCCACCUUUUAUUGAGAUUUUGUGCAAAGAAGCAUCCUGCACCUUGUGUAAAUACCUGUGUGUAAAUUUGGAUUCUGCAUAGCAUUUUGUACAUAGCUUCCUUAAUGUAGGUACUAUUUCUCUUCUCACCUUUCCCAACCUUAUUGUGUAUUCUCUACACACACCAUUGCUUUAUGUAGGCUCAGGGUUACAUCGGAGUGAAUGGGACCACAAUGCACUGGGGCUGAGAUCAAAGAGAACUGUGACGAAAUCUUAGUAUAUGCACAUCAUACUUGUAUGGUACAGCUUUCACUUGGUCGUUCCUUGGAUAUAAUGCAUAUUUGUCAAAUAAGCUUAGUGAUUGUUUGUAAGCUUCUACACCCACCAGCACAUGAGCUCACAAAAUAUCAUCAAGGUCUGUCCUGUUGCCUUUAAAUUAAAAUUUAUGUGGGAGACUCACCCUGUCUCAGAUCCCAUCCCUGUCGUCAUAUACUAUCCAUUUUUAAAUAAUUAAAUUUAUUUUUUUACAUAGGCUUAAAUAUUGCAUAGUUUUCAUAAAAUGAUAUAGAAAAACUGUGA